AUGAGUGCCCAUGAUAAAAAGCAACAAUCCAUACUGUUCUCACCGGUGACCAUAAAGGGGGUAACUUUUAAAAACCGCAUCGGUGUGUCGCCAAUGGUCACGUGGCAAGCGGUGGACGGUGUGCCUAAUGACUUUCACAUAGCCCAUUAUGGUUCAUUUGCCCUAGGUGGUGCCGGACUGGUUAUGGUAGAGUCAACUUCUAUAGAGCCCAGGGGGCGCAUCACACCGGCCGACACCGGUAUCUGGAAUGAUGAACAGGUGGAGGGUUGGCGUCGGAUCACAACUCUCCUCAAAUCGCUGGGCGCUGUGCCGGCCAUACAACUGGCCCACGCGGGACGUAAAGCCAGUACACCCGUAAUGUGGGCUAACACUAAGGUCUCAAUGCCGGAUGACCAAGGUGGGUGGCCAACUAUUUCGGCCAGUCCUAUUGCUUUUGGAGGCGAUGUAUGGAAAGUGCCCAAAGAGGCUACACUUGAGGACAUAGAAGUACUGCAACAGGCGUUUGUGUCGGCGGCCGUCCGUUCUGUUAAGGCAGGCUUUGAGGUGAUUGAACUGCACUACGCCCAUGGUUAUUUAGUAAACAUGUUUUUAUCGCCGGCCAGUAAUCAGCGCACCGAUCAAUACGGCGGUUCAUUAGAAAACCGGAUGCGUUUUGGUUUAGAGACGGCCCGUCGGGUGCGGGAAGUGAUCCCCAAAUCAAUGCCACUGUUUGUGAGGAUUUCGGUCACGGAUUACGCGGACAACGGAUGGGAUGUCAACGACAGCGUAGAGUUCGCCAAACACAAACAUUUUCAAAUAUUAAUCAAAAAUAAGACAUUUUUACUCAAACCUCCCUUGGAGGAACCCUCUCUAUAG